UUGCGGUGACGGUCUGACGGACAACCGUAAAUUUUGAUCGAGUGUGGUGGCGCAGCCUCAGGGCAUGGCGUGCGCACCGGAUGGUCGAUAGCGGUCGAUGGUCGACUUGACGCUCCCACGCGAAGAACGGACCUUGGAACGGACCCGCCGGGACGGCCGGCCGGCAGCCGGUGUCGCAGUCUUCGCUCGAGGGUCAGCAGGUUUGGAGCGGCCCGCGUUUUUCCUACAAGAGGGACAUUUCGGAAAUACCAUGUCGUCCGUCUUGAUUACCGGAUGCAACCGCGGUCUGGGCCUAGAAUUAGUGAGGCAACUUCUGUUACACCCACAAGCUCCGUCUGUGCUGAUCGCAACAUGCAGAAAGCCAGAAGAUGCUCACGCACUUCAAACUCUUGCCAAGGCACAUUCUCAACUCUACGUGCUGAAGUUAGAGGUCAACGACUUUAGUAGCUACGAUGCAUUUGCUCAAACGGUCAAAAGCAUUGUCGGUGAUAAAGGACUUAACGUGUUGAUCAACAAUGCUGGUAUUUUGUUGCAAAAUCACAGCAGCUUUUCUAAUUGCACUGUCGAAAGUCUGACCGACACGUACGUCACUAAUACUGUUGGUCCGAUCAUGCUGGUCAAGGCGCUGCGACCACUGCUCAAGCUUGCAGCGGACUCGAACGCGGAUUUGCCCAUGGGAUGGUCCCGCGCUGCAAUCAUCAACAUGUCGUCUGGACUCGGAUCCGUGGGCAACAACACGUUGGGAUCCUACUUCGGGUACAGAGAAAGCAAGGCGGCUCUGAACACGGCUACCCGUUCCAUGAGCUACGAACUGGGUCCGCAGAACAUCUUCGUGCUGAGCAUGCACCCGGGCUGGGUGCAGACGGACUUGGGCACCAGCCAGGCGCCUCUGACGGUGGAGCAGAGCAUCAGCGGCAUGCUCGCGGUCUUCUUCUCCAUGAAGCCAGAGCAGCACGGGGCGUUCCUGCACUGGGACGGCAAGGAGGGGAUUUGGUGAUUCAGCGAGACUAAUAUUUGAGAAACAAAACUAUAAUUGCGUGGACAUGCUAUGACAUGCUCUGUGCCGAAUACUAACAGAUGUCAAAGUCAUAAAGGAAGCAGCCUGUUGCUCGCGCUUCGACGCAACAUGCAAACAGGCGGUUGCCGGGGCCAACUCAAUAGAGACCCCGAACGGCACGCCACAAUAAAUAAAUCCCAUAUUGCGGUGA